CAGUGAAGACGCGUCUCCUGCUGCAUCCCAGUCACUGCUCCUCCUCCUCCAGCCUGGAGACAGCGCGCAGCGCAUCGCUGCUCCACGGGAUUUUCAAAAACUCCGUCACGACUCCUGGAAAAGAUGUAGAGCGUCUUCAACACCAGUAAAAGCGUCGCGACCCGCAGGAAGUUUGUCUGAGCAAACCCGAAAUUGAAGUGACAGCCAGCAGUUUUUGGACUCGUGCGCAUCACCAUCACCACCUUCACCAUCGCAGUGUCAGAGAUGGAGCUCUACGUGCACAGGUACGCGCUGCUUUUGUCCGACGCGGACCGAAUGUGAGGAGCGGAGCUCGCCGGGGAUCCAGUUGGUCUUCACUCGGAACACGUCGGUAUCUUCGGGCUCGCGCGUGAAGCCCGGGAUUGACGUUUCUGCAGACAUGAGCGUUGGAACGAGAUUAUUGUCGGUCUUUCUUGGAAUUGUCUUCACUCGCCCGAUCCACUGCAACCAAGUUGUUCUGCUGGACACCACGUCUGUACUUGGGGAGCUGGGAUGGAAGACGUAUCCUAUAAAUGGGUGGGAUGCGAUCACAGAAAUGGACGAACACAACAGACCCAUCCACACUUUCCAGGUGUGCAACGUGAUGGAGCCCAACCAGAACAACUGGCUGCGCUCAAACUGGAUCUCUCGUCAAGCAGCCCAGAAGAUCUACGUGGAGCUCCGCUUUACUCUACGAGACUGCAACUCCAUCCCCUGGGUUUCAGGAACCUGCAAAGAGACAUUCAACCUGUUUUACCACGAGACCGAUGAGGCUCACGGUGUCAAAUUCAAGCCCGUCCAGUACACCAAAAUUGACACCAUCGCGGCAGACGAGAGCUUCACGCAGAUGGAUCUGGGCGACAGGAUUCUGAAGCUCAACACGGAGGUGCGUGAGGUGGGACCCAUGACCAAAAAAGGCUUCUAUCUAGCGUUCCAGGACAUCGGGGCCUGCAUCGCUUUAGUUUCCGUCCGAGUGUACUACAAGAAGUGUCCGUUUACACUGCGGAACUUGGCCUCAUUUCCUGACACGGUGCCUCGCGUGGACUCCUCCUCAUUGGUUGAAGUGAGGGGGGCAUGUAUCGACCACGCUGAAGAGCGAGACACACCUAAACUGUUCUGUGGUGCGGAUGGAGACUGGUUGGUGCCCCUGGGAAGAUGUGUCUGCACCACUGGGUACGAGGAGAUGGACGGGUCAUGCCUUGCCUGCCAUCCUGGCUUCUACAAAGCCUUUGCCGGGAAUGUCAAGUGUUCAAAGUGCCCUCCUCACAGUUUCAGCCAUGGAGAAGGUGCUACAAUUUGCCACUGUGAGAAAGGAUACUUUAGGGCCGAGAAGGAUCCUCCAACAAUGGCUUGUACCCGUCCCCCAUCUGCUCCGCUUAACUUGAUUUUCAACCUGAACGACACAUGUCUGAUGCUGGAGUGGUCUCCGCCGAGCGACACCGGCGGCCGUCGGGACAUAACCUACAACGUCCAGUGCAAGCGCUGCGGCGCCGCGGCCGACCAGUGCCAGCUCUGCGAAGAGGACCUGCGCUUCGUGCCUCGGCCGUCGGGCCUGACCAACACCGCCGUCACCGUCAUGGACUUUGCUGCUCACGCGAACUACACCUUUGAGAUUGAGUCGCUGAACGGGGUGUCGGGCGUGAGCGUGUUCCCGCGGCAGAUCGCCUUCAUCACCGUCAGCACGGACCAGAGUGGUCCGUCCCUGGUAGGCGCCAUGAAGAAAGACUGGGCCUCCCCGAACAGCAUCGCCCUCUCCUGGCAGCAGCCUGAACAGACCCAGCUGCCAGUCCUUGACUAUGAGAUUAAAUAUUAUGAAAAGGAACACGAGCAGCUGAGCUACUCAUCAACACGUACCAAAGUUCCCAGCGUCAUUAUCUCAGGUUUGAAACCGGCCACCUGGUACAUCUUCAGUGUGCGCACGCGCACAUCAGCUGGAUACAGCUCCUACUCGCCCAAGUAUGAAUACGAAACCACGGGAGACUCCUCGGAUUUGACGUCAGACCAGGGUCAAGUGUUGGUCAUCGUCACGGCAGCAGUUGGCGGCUUCACUCUCCUGGUCAUCCUCACGCUCUUCCUCCUCAUAACUGGAAGGUGCCAGUGGUACAUCAAGACUAAGUUAACUUCAGAAGACAAAAGGAGGACAAGUUUCCAAAAUGGACAGGUCCCCUUUCCUGGGAUCAAGACCUACGUGGAUCCUGAUACGUAUGAAGACCCCACACAAGCUGUUCAUGAAUUCACCAAAGAGAUCGACCCAUGCCGAAUCCGCAUCGAGAGGGUGAUCGGAGCGGGUGAGUUCGGUGAGGUGUGCAGCGGUCGCCUGAGAACUCCAGGAAAGAAGGAGAUUGCCGUGGCUAUUAAGACUCUCAAAGGUGGAUAUGUGGAGCGGCAGAGGCGGGACUUCCUGCGUGAGGCGUCCAUCAUGGGCCAGUUUGACCACGCCAACAUCAUCAGGCUGGAAGGGGUGGUGACAAAAAGUCGACCCGUUAUGAUUGUGGUGGAGUACAUGGAAAAUGGAUCACUGGACUCUUUUCUGAGGCAACAUGACGGCCACUUUACAGUCAUCCAGCUGGUGGGAAUGCUGCGUGGCAUCGCCUCUGGCAUGAAGUAUCUGUCAGACAUGGGCUACGUUCACAGAGACCUGGCAGCACGAAACAUCCUGGUCAACAGCAAUCUGGUGUGCAAAGUGUCAGACUUCGGUCUCUCUCGAGUCCUGGAGGACGACCCCGAGGCUGCUUACACAACAACGGGUGGCAAGAUCCCUAUUCGAUGGACAUCCCCAGAGGCGAUCUCUUACAGGAAGUUCUCUUCAGCCAGUGACGCAUGGAGUUACGGCAUUGUCAUGUGGGAAGUGAUGUCAUACGGAGAAAGACCUUACUGGGAAAUGUCCAAUCAGGAUGUGAUCCUGUCUAUCGAGGAGGGCUACCGGCUCCCCGCACCAAUGGGCUGUCCUGUCGCACUACACCAGCUGAUGCUGCACUGUUGGCAGAAGGAGCGAAAUCAUCGGCCCAAAUUCACAGAUGUUGUCACCUUCUUGGAUAAACUCAUCCGGAAUCCGAGCAGCCUGCUGCCUCUGGUGGAGGAUAUCCAGAGUUCACCAGAGUCUCCAGGAGAAGAGAUGGAUUACCCGAUGUUCAUCUCUAUCGGCGACUGGCUGGACUCCAUCAAAAUGACGCAGUACAAGAGCAACUUCAUGGCAGCAGGAUACAACACUCUGGAUUCUGUGGCUAGGAUGAGUAUUGAAGAUGUGAGGAAUAUUGGCGUGGAUCUGAUUGGCCACCAGCGGCGAAUCAUCAGCAGUGUACAGACUCUUCGCCUUCAGCUGCUGCACGAACAGGACAAGGGUUUCCAUGUAUGAGGACGUUAGCGACGACGUGGGAGGGCGAGCUCGACGGGACGGACCGAACUGAAGUGUAGACGUCAGGACUACAGGAGUCAGCGACCUUGUGCCUGAGCUGAGAUCCCUCAUAUUCAGCCUUCUGAGAGAGACUCUUCUUCCGUCGCUCUUUCCAGACUCUUUUUCUACGACGAACAGACUAUUUCCGCCUGACACUCCACAGGUUCAGGCACACUCGUAGGUGAAUGUAAUGCCUUCUUGCAGCAGUAAUUUACUGUCUAAAUACUGAUUUAAUUUGAACUAUUCAUGCUUUGCUGCUAUUGGUUGUGCAAUCGACAGGAAACACUAUUGAUUUCAUGGUUUACUCUCUUUGAAAAAAAAACAUUGUUGCUUUCGUACAUGCAGUUAAAACUUGAAGACAGUUGAUAAGAUCUCUUGAAUGUCAAAGUGUAUAGUCAAAUAUUCGAUAAAUAUUAUUAUAUUCAAGUAUCUAUAUAUGUGCAGUCUUGUAUGUAAAAGCCCUAGUAAAUCUGGAUAUUAAUUUGAAUAUUUUACAUUUACUUUCGAUCCAAAUUAGCAAUACAGUUAUAUGCAGUCACCUUUAUGAAGGUUGUUACCGACCAAUGUAACUAAAACAUCGUCAACUUGUGAAGCCUCGAUCUGCUGCAGCAGGUGAAGACGUUAAAUUCCGAAACAUGAAGAGAGAAGCGCGCAGGCGAGUGCAGACCUCCGUCAAGCCGCUCAUUCAGCUUGUCGUUUUAUUUAUAGGUUUAUUUUCUGUUUAAAAUAUGAUACCUUGUUUAGCAUUUGAAAUGUCAUUGAUAGCAAUUAGCUCAGUGGGUGGCACAACCUUCCGCACCACACUGAGCGACGGAUCUUCAAACGAUUCCUGCAUACCGAUGGUAAUUUGAAAUACUGCAGUUUAAAUGCCUGUUCCAAGCCCCGUUCAAAUACAAUCAACGAUUAUUGAGUAGGUUUGCGCUCAAACGCAGGCGAUCUCAUCGCCUCCUCGGCGGUGGUAACCACCGGCUUCAAACGGUUCAGAAUGUAAAUGACUCAUGUUGCCUGACACAGUCUUCACUGGCCUAUCAUAUGAAUGUUCAUGCUUAAAAAUAGAUUCUCUUUUUACACCCACUUUUUCAGUGAUGUCAAAAUGUGCUGCCAAGCUCUUCAACUGGUGGAUUUCUUGGGCCUGUUUCAGUACAAGUGAAGUGUAGAUGAGCAAGUUAGGCUGGAACUUAGACCAAUGUUUUUAAGUUGAUUUGAGUUUUGACCCAAUGACAUAUGGAAAACUGAAGUCUCUCCAACAUCUAUGAAGAUGAUUAGAAUCAUGAAUGUAGUGUAACAUUUCAACCGUUCUAAGGCAACACCUUUGCUUUUCAUGUCAUCAUGCACCUCACGUUAUUUUAAGAUAAGGUCAGAAAAACAAGAUUUCAGAUAAAAAAGACUCUUAAAAAAUACAUUUGAACAUGACAGAUUAUUGUGAGCACUGCAGGGGUGUAACAGCCGACUAUAUUGAGCUCAUGAGGCAACUAGCUGUGACGUCAUCCAUCUCUUUUCGCACAUAUGCGCGGCUACACUACACAAUCCGCAGGAAUAGGAGAGAGGGCUGAGGCUACGGAGGCAUCACGACCCAACACGUCGAAAGUAUGGGAGCAAUGGACGGCUCAAAGAUUGAAGUGAGAUGGCAUAUUUGCCGAACACUUCUUUCACACCACAUUUUUGAGCAAUCGACAUUCUAAUAUAAAGUUUCAUUGUUUCAAAUGUUUUUGUUUUUUUAUUACUAUGUGCAACACUACAAUCAGACAUUGUCACAGAGCAACUGGUCGACUAUCAAAACAGUGGUUCAUUGCAGUCCUAGAAUACUGUCCUCUCAUGUCUCACUGACAUUAAAAUAGAACAUGAUGGUUUGAGAAGGUGAGACAUUUAAAUCAGAUGUAUUUUGAGUUUCAUCAGAGCAAGUUAAGUUUUAGGUUUAGGUAAGAUUUAAAGAAGUCUUCGGAACAUGCUUGGUUUAUCCUGGGAAAACGGGAAGACAUGACACGCAAUGUUGAGCUGUCACAUUUUUCUUGCAAAUGUAAACGUUUCAUCUUGAAAGUGACGUUGCAACGGCCGAACUAGAUUGCAGAGUAUAACGUCUUGAAUGCAGUUGAAUGACCAAACAGACCAAAGUUGUAAAAAUAAUAUAAAUACUAUUAAAGAAAGGAAAACAGUUUUAAAUGUGGAUAUUGACUGAUAAUAUAUAUGAUGAGGCUGACGUACAGAAGAGUGAAGUGACUUGUUUUGUCUAAACAUUUUACAUUUGUGUGUCGGCAUGAGUGAGAAAAUAUAGGAGGUUAUGGAAACCAUCAGUUUUGUUUGUUUGUAAAGUCAGUGGUUCAUAGAUGAAGCUGCUGAAUAUAACCGUUUAGUUCGGCAGCAGUUAUAGCUAGAAGUAUGUUGGCGAAAUUACGUUAAAAAAAAGUAGAUGUGUUUGAAGGAAAGAGCUGGCAGCGACAACAGCAGCAUCUUAUCUUACACUAUCAGAAUGCCUUACAGUUUGUUAACCACAGAUUUAUAAGUUCCAGCUGAUUUUAAGGACCUAGCAUUCCAUUUCGGAGCACGUAACAAACGGCAGCAGCAGGAGGGAAAACAGUGCUGUCGGGCUGCGGGGGGAAGUUGCACGCACAAACCCAAGCACGUAUACACAAGCUCAUACUCACCACACCUCUACAGUAUACAGAGAGUAUCAGAUGCUGUUUGUUUAGCAUGUUCUACUGCUGAGCAAUGUUAGAACGUUCUUUUGUACAAAGUACAAGUAUACUUAAUAACUCUUGUAUUUUAUUUUUCUAUGAUUUCCAAAGAGAUGUUGUAGAUCUUGCACACUGUAAGAGGCAGUUACAGCGGAUAUUUAUUUGCAAAUAAAGCUGAAAAGUUCAA